GACAACCUCCCUCUUAAAUUCCCCUCCAUUUGGAAAGGGAAAGAAGAGGAGAGAGAGAAAGAGAAGGGAAGUGAGUGAGAGAGCGCGUGGACUCUCCUUUAACUCAUCACUAGUCCCAUCUCUGAAGAGUAGGACGUGGACCCCACCACCCAUGUGCUCUUCUCUUCCUGUCUCCACACCACCUCUCUCCUUCCCCCUCAAUCAUUAGACUCCUGUUUCCUUCCUUUCCUUCCUCUUUCUCUCUCUUCCUUACACACAAACAACACCAACACACAGCUCAUCUCUAUCAAAAUACACACUUUUGUGUUUUUUGAUUGAUAAUUUGAUACUCCUUUGAGUUGUUUUCUUUCUCUCUCUCUCUACCCUCCUAUUUCUCUCUAACCUAAAAGAGUGUAUAGAUUAUAGUCUAUUGAUAGACAGACUCAUGUCAACUUCUGACGGAGCGGGUAACGGCGUUAGUAACGGCGCAAUCAUGGACCCACAGAGACAGCAGUCGUCGGGUAACGGUGCGUUGACGGUGAAGAAACCACCUGCCAAGGACCGCCACAGCAAGGUCGACGGGAGAGGGCGGCGCAUCCGUAUGCCGAUCAUAUGCGCCGCCAGGGUUUUCCAGCUGACCCGCGAACUGGGUCACAAGUCGGACGGUCAGACCAUCGAGUGGCUGCUCCGGCAGGCGGAGCCGUCGAUUAUCGCCGCCACCGGCACCGGGACGACCCCGGCGAGCUUCUCCACCGUCUCGGUCUCUGUUCGGAACUCAUCCAACAACUCAAUCUCCGCCGCGCUUGAUCACAAGCCGUCUCAGCCGUUGCUCACUCAUCCCACGCCGUUCAUUCUCGGCAAGCGGCUACGCUCCGACGAUGACGAGGGCAUGGACGGAGGAGCUAAAGACAACGCCGCCGCUGUGGCGGCGGCGGCGUCCGUGGUGGGUCCCGCUGGAGGGUUCUGGGCGCUACCUGCUAGGCCGGACUUCGGUCAGGUGUGGAGCUUCGCCGCGGCGCCACCGGAUAUGGUGGUGCCGAGUCCUGCCAUGGGGUCGCAGACUUCGAUUUCGGGGAGAUUCCUUCAGCAGCAACCGAUGGGCGAGGCGUCGGCGGCUAGGGUUGGGAAUUACCUUCCGAUAGCUCAGGGCCACCUGAAUUUGCUCGCCUCUUUGUCCGGCGCACCGGCAGCGUCCUCAGGACGGAGAGAAGACGAUCCUCGUUGAAUCCUGAAUUGACAAUGGUGUUGAUAAUAUGUAUGUCUGUUAUUUUCCUUGCUGUGUGAAAAUGAGAAAUGUUAGUAAAAUUAGGGUUAGGGUUUUAGUUUCAAGCGAGCAUUUCAGAGGAAGAAUUAGGGUUUGUCAAAUUUGAUGCAUUAUUAUUAGUUUUAGGUAUUUACUACUUCGUUUCAUUGCAUUCUCCCCCUAGGGUUUUAGUGUUCUAUCGUCCCAGUUUCAUGUUCUGAUUAGGGAGAGUGAAGAAGAAUUACAGUGUUGGGAUUGAUUUCACCAUCGAAUUUAGAAAAUGGUUUUCUCAAUUCGUCGCAAUUCAAGAAUCAAGUACCCCAUAUUGUUUGUGAAACUAGGGUUUGGUUUGUGACUUUGAUUACAUACUACAAUGGUUCCUCAGAGUGCUUGUGGCAAACGAAGGAGGUUCAUUGUGAAUUCAGUUUGCAACGUGUAAAAAUCAGUUCUUGCAAAUUAGGGUUUGAAGAAUUGAAUGAAUUCUACAGACUUCUUUGCCUCCCAGACAUCCUCAUAUCUGUAAUUGGGUGUGUUUAAGCUUGGUUGGUGGUAUACUGACUAGGCGGAGUUUUGGAAUCUACAUUGUGAUAUAAUUGUUUGAGUGAAAUUUGACUCUCCUUCAAUUCCAUUCGAAUUUGGCAGAGUUUGGUAGUAGUGGAUUUCGGAUACUCUCGUGGAUUGAUAGAGUUUCAGGGCGGUGUUGGUGGUUUUUGUAUACUCUGUUGUGGAUUGCAAUUGCGACGGUGCUGCAUUACCUGCUCUCUCUUCCCCUUUUUUUACCUUCCGUGUUGCUCGAAUGAUCUCAAAAGAGAUUGGUGUGUGAAGGGAAAAGCUCUGGUUCUUCUCUGUAAGAUCUAUCUGUUUCUAAUAUUAUUGUUAGUCAUUCCUUAGAUUUACAAGUGUGAAAAAUAAUGUUUUCUCUUGUAUGUUUAAAUGGAUUGUUUUUGGGAUGUGCACUAUGGUGUGAAAUAAAAAUCCCAUUUGUUUUUCUCUUUUGGGACAAAUUUGUGUGCCAUUGCUCAUGUAAAUAUGACCUUAUUAUUCUACUUGAAAUUGUUUCUUGAUGUGAA